AUGGGUCUCUUCUCCAAAAAGACGGCCGAUUUGCCGGUCGAGGAGCCCGCUCCGAUUCGGCCAGCCGGCGACGACAAGACUUUUGAGCCCCAGCAGGACGCUGCUCUCGAGAAGGACAACAUCAGCGACCUGAUCGACAAGGAUGCUCAGGCCGGUGUUCAGAAGGUCGAGGCCGUCACGGCCGUCUGGAGCAAGCUGCACAUCGCAAUUGCCUAUCUUUUCAUCUGGCUCUUCUAUGUCGUCACCUCGAUCCAGGAGGUCGCCCUCGGCGUCUUCACUCCCUUCGUCACCAGUUCAUUCCAAAUGCACUCCCUGACGGCCGCAACCAGCAUCAUGGCCAACAUCAUUGCCGGUCUGUUCAAGCUCCCUCUGGCCAAGAUCCUCGACGCCUGGGGUCGCCCGCAGGGCCUCGGUCUGAUGCUUCUGAUCUGGAUGCUCGGCUUCAUCAUGAUGGCCGCCUGCAACAACGUCACCACCUACGCCGCCGCCUACACCUUCUACUCCGUCGGCUCCCAGGGCGUCAGUUACGUGCUCACCAUCUACAUCGCCGACACCUCGACCCUGAAGAGCCGAGCCCUCAUGCUGUCCUUCGCCACCAGCCCGUACAUCUUCACCACCUGGGCCGCCGGCCCCAUCACCAGCAGCGUCCUCGCCACGGGCGGCAUCGGCUGGCGCUGGGGCAUCGGCCUGUGGGCCAUCGUGGCGCCGUUCGUGCUGGGCCCGCUCAUCUUCCUCUUCCUGUGGAACCAGCACAAGGCCGAGAAGCUCGGCGUGCUCGCGCCGCAGGGCAAGGUUCGCAACAUCACGCUGAAAGAGGCGUGGAAAUUCAUCAUCGACGUCGACCUGUUCGGCAUCCUGAUCCUCGGAGCGGGCAUGGCGCUGUUCCUGCUGCCCUUCUCGCUGUACUCGUACCAGGCCGACGGCUGGCGGUCGCCCAUGAUCAUCGCCAUGAUCGUCGUCGGCGGCGUGCUGGUCGGCGCCUUCGUGCUGUGGGAGCGCUACCUCGCGCCCGUCACCUUCAUCCCGUUCAAGCUGCUGGCGGACCGCACCGUCUUCUUCGGCGGAUUGAUGUUCGUGUUCGUCUUCGCGAACUCGAUGGUGUGGGGGUCGUACUUCACGUCGAUGCUGAUGGUCGUGUGGAGCACGGGCGUCGCGCAGACGACGUACAUCAGCAACAUCUACCGCACGCUGUCGUGCUUCUCGUCCAUCCUCGUCUCCGCCCUCGUGUACCGCACCGGCCGCUUCAAGCCGUGGGCCCUGUACUUCCUCGUCCCGCUCAUGAUGCUUGGUGUUGGCCUCAUGAUUCACUUCCGCCAGGCCGGCCAGAGCAUCGGGUACAUCGUCAUGACGCAGAUCUUCGUCGCGUUUGCCGGCGGCCCCAUCGUCAUCUGCGGCGAGAUGGCCAUGCUGAGUCCGUCCGACCACCAGCACGUCGCCGUCAUCAUGGCCGUGCUGGAUCUGUUCGGCAGCAUUGGUUCCGCCAUUGGUGGCAGUAUCGCGGCCGCCAUCUGGACGGGCACCUUCUACAAGAACCUCGUCAAGUACACCCCUGAGGGCACCGACGUUGCGUCCAUCUACUCGGACAUCACCGUCCAGACGAGCUAUGCCGUCGGCUCUCCCGAGCGGAAUGGCAUUAACAGGGCUUACGGCGACUCGCAGCGCAUCAUGUGUAUUACGUCUGUGUGCAUUCUGUGUGGUGCGCUGGCGAGCGUGGCGCUGUGGAGGAACCUGAAUGUGAAGUCCAUCAAGCAGGUGCGCGGAAACGUUGUGUAA